AUGUUCGAAUACGAUAGAUUGGCACUGGACGUGCUGAGCCUGUCGCCAAAGCAAGAUCAGGCACGUCAAUGGGUUUCAUCCUCAGCACAGCUGAUACCAUCGGAUGAUUGUGGUUCGUCAUCUGGGUAUGGAUCCCCAGGUCGCACUCCACUCGCCAGUCCACAAUGUGCAGAACCGUUCGGAGGACUUUCAUUGCCAUCGCAUAUUCAACGGGUGUUUUCGGACGGCAUUGUCAGCAUUGACGAAUCGACGGCACAAUUUGGGAUUGGUCUUGCAUCAUCAGACCCAAACAGGGUUAAACUUACGGAAAGUGCGUCUGUUCCCUUAGCACUUGAGGACGGUUUCAGUAAGGACGAAAUUGCUGGUUUCGAAGAGCUGUUGUGUUCACCGAAAAAAGCCCCUCCCAUCAAGUAUCAAUGCCAUAUCUGUUAUCGAACCGGUCACUAUAUUUCCGACUGUCCAAUGCGUUUCAGUACCCCAUACGAUGAGCUGACACCAUAUCAAGGACGGAAGAAAUGCUAUGGGGAGUUCCAGUGUCAACAAUGCAAACGUAAAUGGACCAGUCAAAAUUCGGUAGCCAACGAAGCACAAUCAUGUAUCAAAUGUCAUGUUGCCGUUUUCCCACAUAAACAACUUCCCGUUGAAAAAGCGGUGGCAUUGGGCCUAAUUAAAGCACAACAUGCUAUCCCAUCAAAAAUCGCCCCUAUUGGACAUGGCCGCCCUCCGGCGAAGUGCUAA